CAUAUAAAGGCGGGUGAGUAGGAGAAGAACUGGGCAUGGUUGGAGUUGAUUGGUGUAAGGUGAGAGGGAUGGGGAGGCAGCCUUGUUGUGACAAGCUAGGGGUGAAGAAGGGUCCUUGGACAGCUGAGGAGGACAAAAAAUUAGUGAAUUUUAUGCGCACUCACGGUUAUUACUGCUGGCGGGCCGUCCCUAAGCUCGCCGGUCUCCGCCGCUGCGGCAAGAGUUGUCGACUCCGCUGGACAAAUUACCUCCGGCCCGACUUGAAACGAGGUCUCCUCAAUCAUGAUGAAGAGCAACUUGUUAUUGAUCUCCAUGCGCGCCUUGGCAAUAGGUGGUCCAAAAUUGCAGCAAGAUUGCCUGGAAGAACUGAUAAUGAGAUCAAGAAUCAUUGGAACACCCAUAUAAAAAAGAAGCUUAUUAAGAUGGGGAUCGAUCCUGUCACACAUGAGCCUUUACAAAAACCAGACACCCCUCAAAACAAGCCAAAUCUCGAUCCUAAUCAACCAGAAAACUUGUCGAAAAGUUGUGCCCAUGAAUUCAGCCUUCCAACUGGGCCCGACAAAUGGAGAUCAUCUUGGGAGUCCGAUGAUGACCCCUCGAUCAACUUGAUAUGGCCAGAGGCAUUUCUCCAUGACUUGUCGGAGAACUUCCAUGGCACAGAUUCUUGGUGGAAAGAAUAUAGUGAAAUUGGGACAUCUUCAAAGGAGGAGACCUGUUUUUCAUGGUUGGUGGGGGAUGCUGGGGAACAAUGAUGGGAACUUGGGAUUUGGUGGUUUCAGUGAAAUAUUAGCGAUGAAUUUGCCUUGACAUGGGUGGCAAGUUUUAGCAUGCACCUAAUAGGGACUGCCCUGCCUUUGUGCUCGCCUGUGAACAAUGAAAAGAGGCAUUAGCUGUUCGUUAAUGGACCUCAUUAAGCUUUAAUGUCCAGAUUAAUUAUUUAUGAUUACAGGGGAUCAAUAAAAGUGAAGAGACUUAAGAAA